UCAUGACAAGCCAAUCUCAACUCCGUGAUGAGCGCCAUUCACCCGACUCCGAUGGCUCUUCUCAUCGUGCUUUUCGCCACCUUCGUCGGCCUCCUCGCUCCGCUUGGUAUGGCCAGCACCGACUUCGUCAUCUACUCCGACCCACCCACCGCCCUCCUCCCGGGCCAAAGCUUCCAGUACGACCUCACUCCCCAGGGCAUCCCCUACGGCCCCGCCUCCCUCUCCAUGAACCACGACUGCGACCUCGUCCUCCGCUUCCACAACCAGAAGACCUGGGCCACCAACACCACCGGCCUCGGCACCGACUGCUACCUCACCGUUGACUCCAACGGCGAAGCCGCCGUUAAGCAUGACAUGAACUACCCGCUGUGGAGCAGCGGCAAGAAGUCCGUCCAGGGGAGCUACGCCUUCCUUCUGCAGUGGAACGGCGGGCUCGGCAUUUACGGGCCCGCCAUCUGGUCCAGCUCCAACCCGCCAUCACUGCACAACGCCGGCAACGAGCACCCCAACGUCACCACCGACUACGUCUUCUACUCCUACUCGAUCUUGCCCAUCGGCAAGAUCCUCGAGUACAAGAACUACAAGCUGGUCCUGCGAGACGACUGCAACCUGGUGCUAGAGGACACAGCCACCGGCGAGAUCAGGUGGCAGACCGGCACCAGCAGCCCGCUGCACGACUGCUUCGUCACGCUCGACGCCGACGGCGAAUUCUUCGUCAAGCACAACCGCCGCGAGGUCCUGUGGCAGUCCGGCGCGAGAUCCACUUCCUAUCUCUACAUCCUUGCACUUCGUUAUGAUGGAACGCUUGGUAUAUACGGUCCUCAGAUUUGGACGACCAAGCCGUUCUGGUAGAUCUUAGUGAUCAGAGCGGCGGACAUGAAUGCUGCAGCGACUAUUGCAUAUGAUCCUUGCCGCCGGCUUCAAUAAAAUCCUAAGCACUGUCCACUGUGUGUUUGACA